CUGAGUCACAUAUCGUCAGCGAUCUCUCAGAGCGUAGGUGUGCUCGUUUUCUCAGGUUCUUUCUAUAUUGAAAACCACUGCAACGGAGUGUUGUUAAUUGUUUGAAAAUAAAGAGCCACGUAUCGAUAAAUAAAAUGAUAAAAAUGGUGUAGUGAAAAUAUAAUUGUGCGGUUACCGCUAGCCUCGAUACUAAAAAUACGGUAAUACGCGCCGGGUAUCAUAGAACUGUCAGUGCGUGUCAGUCUCGCGGGUAUUUAACUAGUUAAAAGACACAAGUCGAAACGUAACCUAACAUUACCUCAUAACCCUACUAAGAUUUAAACUUAAGUCAACGUAACUAAUUUAAAAUAUCUAUGGCUACGCUUUUACAUAGGAGAAUAUACGUCUGUGGAAUAUCUGUGACAGUAUUUUUAUAUAAUGUAGUGAAGAUGUGUUGAUUCUUUGAUGAUUUGAAACUGUGUAGGGAUUUGUCAUUUAAAGAGACCACAGCCUCUGCUGUUGUACCAUCGAUUUCGGAGCAGCUGUACCAGUCGAACGUAUUUUAAAAGGGGCUCCGAACUUUGACGUACCGUACCGCCUCUGUUUUGAGGUUAUUUUUGGUACCGAGUAACUGACCUAUGACUAGCGGAGCAGAGAACAACUCGGGGCUUUAUUUCUGAUCUGACAGUCGUACAGGGAGGUUGUGCCUUUGGAUACCCCGCUGCACAGAUUAAAUGAUUCUUUAGUAGACUUGUUGGUCAAUAAAUUUCAACAUGCGUUACCUCAUAUUCGUACUUAACAUCAGAAUGAGCCCAAAGGUACUGUGACGACGUUUGAAAAGUAAAACGUUAAUCAAAUUUGUGGGAGUAGAAAAAAUAUAAACAAGAAACAAAGGUGUCAAAUUCUGAUAAACUCCAAGUGCUAGUUCGAAGUAAUAUAUUAAUUUUAUAGAUUAAAUUGCGUAGAAACAUCAUAAACAAUGCUGUGUCUGAAAAAACUUUACCGCGAAGAGCUGCUGCAGCUUGCACUGCUCCUUUCGCUCCUUCGAGUCGAUCCUGACUCAUACCUCGGUUUGGAUAUUCAAACCAUAGGAGUUGGCUCUCUGGACCUACACAAUGGUUCGGGAUGGCAUACCGAUGCUCAUACGAUCGUGCAUCGUCCGAUGUAUGUACAUCCUAAAAACUUAGACUCAGUGUUGCUCAAUUACGAGAGAGAUCUCUUCGAAGACUUGAAUUCCCUUGGUAGAUACAACAGGAUAAACUCCGGCCAAAAUGACAUCCACGCUUAUUUGCUCAACGUCGAAGAACCCCAAAGGGAUAUCGACGUUCCUGGACCCAGCGUAUCGACUUCGAACGAUCCUGCGAGAAACAUGACUUCACCCGACCCACCAACCCCUGCAGAUACUCAGAAUGGACAUGUCGGAGCUGCUGAACUUACCCAAGAGGACAUGGAUCUGAUUGAAGUCCUAUGGAAGCAAGACGUAGAUCUUGGAUUCACUCUGGAUGACCCCACCGCCUCCGUCAGCGACAAGGGGGUUUCAUCCCCCAACGACCCAGAUCCCGAGGAACCCAAUGAAAAAUUCGACAAACUGAAGGCACUCGAAGCACCGAAUUCUACGGAAAUACAUGAAUCCAUCGCCAAGGAUGUUGAAAAAAAUCGAACCGAGGACGUCGAUCCGUGGGCCGGACUUCCUUACACCAUUGAUUUGGAAACCGGCGAGUACAUCCUAAAAUCGAACGCACAAACGUCGACAACCAGCAGCGCAUCUGGUAGCGAGGACGCAACAGAUCCUGAAGAACAGCUUCUUGGCAGCCCUUUGAAUCUGGGUGAAGAAAAUUUACUCGACGACGAUUCACUAGCUCUAAACGAUACUCUGGGUCUCGAGAAUGAUUUCACCUCUGUUCUGCUGGGUGGAAGUCUCCUAGGACCCACGGGAGUGGAGGGCCUUCUAAGCAACGACUCGCUCGGACUACCCGACGGUUUCAGUCUCGAGGAAGCUCUGCAACUCGUCGGCCUCGAUGAAGUUCAGCCCCAGAAAGGAAAGCCGGUAGUGAACGAGAAGGAAAAAGGAGGUUCCGGAUCUAGCCAGGACCAGAGCUCUGAAACUGGAGAAAGCGCGUCACCGUCGCCUUCCGAAACCAGCAAGGAUUCCGGAACAGCCGCCGACAUGAUUCACACGCCACAGUUUCAUCACCCCCAUCAUCCCCAUCACCCGCAUCACCCGCAUCACCGUGGAUUCCAGGGCCGUAUGCCCUUUGUGCGCGCAAUGAGCAUGGAACAGCGAUGGCAAGAUUUGGCUUCUCUACUCUCACUUCCUGGUGCACCGCACGAAUUCGCUCAUCCAGGACACCCUGGUUACCCAGGACACGGUAUCUCCCACAGCCACUAUGAAGCACAGCGCAAUGUGUUGCUUCAUAACGCGACUCUCGCACCACCGGUUGGAGAUCUGAACUCCACGGGACCUUAUCCUCAUCACAAUGUUGGGGGUCCGUCGAACCUUGGAUCAGCAGUAGCCACAUCAAUGAAUUUGACUAACAGCAGCGAGCCUAUGGGUGGAGCAGAUAGUUCUAGUGCUUAUAAGGCGGAGCCCAAUGAUAUGAUGUACUACCACGCGCCAUCGUCAGAUUCGAUCAACCAAACCACCGAUGGAUUUCUGUCAUCGCUACUCAAUGACGAAGACCUGCACCUCAUGGACAUGGCUAUGAACGAUGGCAUGUACACAAUGCGAAUGUUGGACCACAACAGCAACAAUGCUUCUGGACCAACGGGGGCCGCCGCGUUGCCCGGUGUACAAUCGGCGGGGGGUGCCGGUGCCGGUACUCCCGGUGUAACAACCCUUGCGGGAGUAACGGAUGAAAGAAUGGACGCGUCAAGCGACAGUGCCGUCAGCAGUAUGGGGAGCGAACGGGUACCGUCACUUUCCGACGGUGAAUGGAUGGAGACUGGUUCGAACUCGAGUCACACGCAGGCGGACUCUCAUUACUCGAUGGACUACGCCAGCAAAUACCGCAUGCCCUAUGACUACAGCUAUACAGCAUCGGGUGGCAGAAACGGAGCGUCCCCAAGAUGUCAAACGGAACGCCCGAUGCCACCGGUUGCUCAAAAGAAACAUCAAAUGUUCGGGAAGAGAUACUUCCAGGAACAAGGCACCGGAUCGUCACUGGGAGCCACCGCUCACCCGACGACCCCGGUAAAGUACGAAUACAACGACAGCCAAAGCGUUGGUGCUAGCGUUCCGGGAAAUGCUUAUUCUGGACCCAUCGAAGGCGCGGCUGGACCACAGCCUGAAGUAAAAUACAGUUGUAGCGUCGAUUUUACUCGUCAUCAUUCUGGCAGGUCUGCCAUCGAGCAUGUACACCAUAAUCACACCUACCACAUGCCUGCUGAGAGCUCCGGCUCCAUGCAUCGCCCCUUGUCACGUGACAAGAAAGCCCGAAAGUCUGAAGGAGACGAGCACUUGACCCGCGACGAGAAACGCGCGAGAGCGCUCAGCGUACCAAUUCCGGUUAGCGACAUAAUCAAUUUGCCAAUGGAUGAGUUUAACGAACGUCUCAGUAAAUAUGAUCUGAGCGAGGCUCAGCUUUCUUUGAUUCGUGACAUAAGGAGACGUGGCAAGAACAAGGUAGCCGCACAAAAUUGUCGCAAGAGGAAACUAGACCAAAUUGUCAGCCUCGCAGACCAGGUCAAAGAGAUGCGUGACCGCAAAAUGCGCUUGAUCAGAGAGCGCGAUUUUAUGCUGCUGGAAAGGCAACGUGUCAAGGACAAGUUCAGCCAACUAUAUCGGCACGUUUUCCAGUCUCUGAGGGACCCAGAUGGUAACCAGUAUCACCCGUAUGAAUACAGCCUCCAACAAUCGGCCGAUGGAAACGUUCUUUUGGUACCCAGAAACGGGACGAAUACCCAUCAUCCCCACACCUCGGCUAUUGAGCCAAAAAAUAAACCAGAUCCAGAACACAAGGACUGAAUCAGUUUUUGAUUUUUGUUUUUGAUUUUUUUUUCUUUUUUUUUUUUUUUUUUUUUAGUGGGGACACCGAUUGAAGAAGGUGUUUCUCGAAGGUGAUAAUUAAUCAGGACACUUGAUUGUGUUAAACCAGAGCUGAGGAUAAUAAUGACUGGGAAAUAAAGUGAAUUAUUUCUUUGUUUGCCACAAUAAAAAAAAAAAAAAAACUACCCCUCAUGAACAACGAAUUAUUUAGAAUAUUUUUUACAAUUCUAAAAUAGAUCAGCCACUCCAUCAGCAUGAUACUUGUUCCGGGAAAAAAUUACAGAUAAAGUAACGACAAAGCAGUGAUAACGCUUCGGUGAAUAGGACGGACAUUUAAAUUUUUUUGAAAAUAAUUACGUAUUCAAGUGUAUUUUAGCAUUCUUGCUAUCGAUAGUAUUAAAGAGAGUUCAUAUAAUAAUUCUAUGAAAGAAAACUCGUGAUACAUCGAUCGAUCAAAGAGAUAAUCGUUUUUCACAAAUAACCUAUUCAAAAUUGUUCGGAAUAAUGUUCAUCCUAUAACUCGUAGCUAAAAAAACAGAAACCGAACUACGAAACUAGAUUACUUUUUUAUCAAAACCAAUCAUGGCAUUUUUGUUUUAGUUCAAUUAUUUUGUUUUUAUUUUUAUCUUAUGAUAUACGAAUACAAGUAGUCUUCGUAGUUAUAGAAACGAGUGUGUAAUUGAUCAAGUAGUCUAGUUCUAACUCGGUUGAGAUGACUAGACAAAAUUCAUUUUGAAAUACGCGAAGUAUAUUCAAUAGAACAAACGGAAAAAGCUUACAUAGUUUGAUGAGAUUGAACGAUCUAUGAACAGUAUUACAUAUUUGAAAAUAAAUAUGUACUUUACAUAGAUGUAAAUAUGAAACCAUUUCAUUAAACUCAUAACGAGCGGAGGAAUCGGAGCGGGGAAAAAUUAUAUUCAUUACUUUAUGAAAUGUAAUGCAUGUAAUUUUGAGUAUAAAAAUUGUUAAACGAAGGUUCAUAUGAAUAUUUGAAGUUGCAUCGAAUGCAUAUUAAUGUAUUUGCGUGCAAUUAUUAUGAAUUAUAAAAACGAUUGAAAAAUUACAAAAAAAAAAAAAAGGAAUUAUGGUUGUUUGAUAAAAGGCAAAUGCUUGAGAGGUAUUGCCUGGAUAAGAUAGACGUUGAACAAAUAAUAACUAUGAUAAUUGUUUAAUUUCUCUCUUUAAUAUGAAUAUGAGAACACUGGCAAUUAUUUCGCUUCGAUUGGCACACGAGACUGACGUCUGUUCACAAAGUACUAAUAUGAUAUAAAUGUAUAAUAUAAAAGAAGAAAGGAAAAAAGUUAAUGAAAUAAGAAAUUGCAAGUAUGUGAAUAUAUUAGCUGCAAUAUAUGUAUACGUUCAUAUAUAUAUUGCUACAAUAUAUAUGUACCGAUUAUAAUGAUAAACGUAAUAAAACCAUAUUUUUAUAAUAUAACACAUAAAAAACAUUCAGGUAUUUCACAUUUGCCUUUUUAUGUAUAUAUUGAUGUAGUUAGUAUAAUUUUCUAUAUAUAUGAAACAAAACUAAAUAUAUGUUAAAAGAAAGAAAGAAAGAAGAAAACUUGAAAAAAAAUAACACGAAAAAAAACUUCAAACUAAAUAAACAACAUUGCGGUUUCUGUCGAUAAUUAUUAAAUAACUGUUUGCUAAGGUUUACAUAAUAAUUAUACAUACCACUGGGUGUAGGAUGGCUUUUGCAUACCACAUGUGGUAGGAAGAGGUUUGAAUUGAUGAUUUUUUUUUAUUCAUUACAGAUAAAUUACCAUAGUAUCUAUGUAAUUGAUAUCUUGUAGUACAAAAGUGAAAUAUUAAUAUAAUCAUUGAUAAUUUUUUUUUUGCAUCCAAUUAUAAUGAAUUUUCACACCUCUACCAACCGAUGAAUUCCUAUAUUGUAUAAUAAAGCUGGAAUUUAAUAAACCUUUGGGGAAAUUGAAAAACAACAUUAAAUAUAUAUAUAAAUAUAUAUCGCGAUGCUCUGUAAAUGCGUGAAUUGUGAAACCCCUCCUUUAAUAUAAUGGUUCGUAUCACGAACUGCAAAAUAUUUUGUACCUAGCUUUGUGUAAUGCAGCUAUACAGCAGUUAGCUUUGGAAAAAUAUGCAUAACGAUAUGAUAAAAUUGCCUGUGAGUAUGAAAGAUGUGUGAAUGAUACAGCUGUUAACUAGCGCAUUAUUGAUAGAAUUACGAUGAAUAAGUUAUAUAAAUUAAAAAUUUUUGAAUUUAAGAUAAAUAAUAAUUAUUAUAUAAUAAAUAAACAAUAACGCCUA